AUGUCAGGUCGCAAAGAUGGUGGUGACUCCUCCAGCGACUCUGCGGCGGAAGACAGAAAUAGGUCAAGAGAAGAGCUCGUGGCCCUGAGGACACAAGUUAGCUCGCUGACGGAUCAGAUGAGCCAGCUAAUGUCGCUAGUGGAAGAUACCAUGAAGGCAAGCAAGAAGGAGGAGCCAGCUGGCACCAUGAAGGGUGCCGCUGAUCGCGGCGAUGCUAGGGAGAGCGCCGCCGCGGAGUCCACGAACGCCGAAGGAGGGGCACCGUGGACCGGGAGUGCGCAGGACGGGAGGUACCUGGACGAACCUGUUCGAGAGUCUGGCCCGUCAGGGCGACACAGCUGCGAAGCAGGGGGCUUUGUUUCCCAAGAGUACCGGAGCGAGCAAGUAGAGCUCGCAUUCCACGCGUGGAACUUCCUGUGUCACGCGUUGAAAGAAAAAGAUCGGAAAAUCAUGAAGAGGGCAGAGACGCCCCAGGGAGCUCUUCGUGAGCUCAAGACCAUACACGACCCUGAAUCAUCUGUACAGCCGUCAGAGGACCUCAAGUCCCUGAGGUCGACCAAGAUCUCUAGGGGUGAAAACCCCCAAAACGCCCUAGUAAAUGAGAUGCUCCAAACCGCAAAGUCCUUAGCCGAGAAAGGAAUAACUGUCAACGAAACGUUCGUCCUUCACCUCUUCCUGGAUGCCCUUUCGGACGAUUAUGCCAUGACAAAGCACAACCUGCGACAAGCGAAGGAGUUGACGCGGACCGGUAUGCUAAAGGAAGUAAUGAUCGAUUACAAGGCGAUCAAGGACAAGCUGGAGCAGGGGAAAGAAAAAGGGGCGAAGGGCGCAGAGCAAGCGUACUUCGCCGACGGUGAGGGCCGCAGGGAGCGGUACUCAAGUAGGAGUCAGGGGCACGGUCGUGGUCGUGGCGGCGGCCGUGGCCGCAGCAGUAGUCGUGGCCGCGGUGGAGGCGGUUGCGGCGGCGGCGGCGGCGGUCGCGGCGGCGGUCGCGGCGGCCGCUCAGGCGGAUCCGGAGGAGUCGAGGAGAGCAAGGGAAGCAGCAGUGGAGGCGCCGAUGGCGGCGGUGGCGGGGACUAUAAGUUCGCGGGCCGGUGCUUUAGGUGUGGACAUCGUGGACAUCAAGCAAUCGGCUGCACUACCAACGAGAAGGACUUCGUGCCAUGGUUUUCGCGCUACGAGGGGUGGGGCCACACCAAAGAAAAGUGCGCGACGGAGGAGGCCGUCCUAGCGCAAGUGGUGGAGCAUGAGAGCGACGUGGACUCCGUGGAAGACCAGACGUUUUCUGCCGUGGCAGUCCCCCCAGAGCGGAUGCAUCACGCCAAGGUUGGGGGGGAGAGAGAGAAUCAAGAGCGUGAGUCCGACCUCGAUGUGAUGGAGGCUCGUGGGCCAGGGCAAGCGACGCCGUUCGUGCGCGAGGAGGGCCGACGGCACCCGGCAACGGGAUUCCGGGGGACGGAGGCAGCGUUCCCCCGUCGCCCCCUUCGGGAAGGGGCGACUUCGGCGGAGGCAGUGACAGCCCCACCGACAGCAGCAGCAGCAGCAGCCCGAGCAGCAGCAGCAGAGACGCCGGCGGUGCCGGCGACCAGGGCGGCGAAGAGUCCGGCGACCCAGGUGGGGACGGCGGUAGCGAUGGUGAUCCCGGCGACUCCGAAACCUCGAGGAGUUGAAGUAUGAUCCAGCCGACGACCGCUACCCCCGCGAACUAGAAGGGAAGAAACUCCUCUGGGGCGCCUCGAACGCUGGUCCGCUGCGC